AUGUAUAAACAUAUUUAUGAUUUAAGUGGAACAUUAGGAUCUGAGAAUGAAAGAGAAUUUUUGAAACUAACUUACAAAGUUGAUUUAAUUACUAUCUCUGCUGCAUUACCAAGUAAAUUUAAAGAAGAACAACCUAUGCUUUCUCAAAAUCGUGAGCAAUGGAGAAAUAAAAUUCUUGAUGAAGCAAUUAAAAUAUCAGAAACAAGAUCUGUUUUAAUAAUAUGCGAAACAAUAAAAGAUGUUGAUCAAAUUCAUCAAAUAUUUUGUGUACUAAAAUAUUUUGAUUUAAAUAAAUUAUUUGUUUAUAAACGAAGUUAUGAAAAAUUUUCAGUUGAACAUGAUGAUUUAGAUAUUGGUAAAAUAAUUACUGCAACUAAUUUAGCUGGAAAAGGUACAGAUAUUAAAAUAACUAACGAAUUAAAUAAUAAUGAUGAUUUACAUGUUAUUUUAACUUAUUUACCUGAUAGUUAUCGUGUCGAACAACAAACAUUUGAAGAAUUUAUUAAUCAAUUAAAUAAUAUUGAACAUACGAACGAUGUAAUACAAGAAUUAGUUGUUGAAUCAAGUCAAUUAUUAAAACUAGCAAAAUUUCAUAUUAAAAAUAAAAAUAAUCAACAAGCAUUUGAAGUUUUAAAUAAAGUUAUUUAUGGUGAACCAAAAUUUAGUCAUGCAGCAAGUUUUAAUGAACAUCAAUUAAAAAAUAUUUUUGUUAAUUAUCAAUUAAAUUAUGAUAAAAUCAAAAAUUAUUCAAUUAAAACAGAUUGUAUUAAUGAAAAUAAUUUAAAACAAUAUUUUGAAGAUCUUAAUAUACCACAUCGUGAACAUUUUCAGCAAUUAAUGAUUCAACAAGAUUUCAUUAUAGAUGUAAAAGACUUUAUUAUAGUUAAUAUGGUAGAAACAAAUACUGAAAAUUAUCAAUUAAAAGAAUUUAUUAAUAAACUCGGGAAAGAAUUAAAAUCAAUUAAUGAAAUUAAACCAGAAAAAGAAGCUUUUAUUUAUACAAAUAAAAUAGCAACAAUUAAUAAUAUUGAUAAAUUACAAAAUAAACCUGUUGAACAAUUUACAUUAACUACAUUAAAUGAUUUUCUUGAAACUGAAAACUUAAAUAUAAAUGAUUGA